AUGGAAUUGGGAAUGGAUGGUGGUUUGGGGUUUGUGGUGGGGGGGGGGGGGGUUGGGUUAAGGGAGUUAGUGUUAUUGUUGUUUGGGUGGGGGAGGGUAUGGUUGGGGUGGGGGAAGUUAUGGGUGAGGGGGGUGGGGAUUAUGGGUGGGGUGUGGUUAGGUUGGAGGGAAUGGAUGGGGGGGAGAAUGGAUGGGAGUGUAGUUAGGAUUGGGAAGAGGUAUGGGGGAGGGGGGAAUGUAGGUGGGAGGGAGUAUGAAUGGGAUGAUGAUGUGGAAGGAGGGGGGAUAGGUGGGGGGGGUGGGGGGGGGGGGGGGUGGGGGUGUGGGUGGGGGGGGGGGGGGGGGAGGGGGGGUUGGGUUGGGGGUUGGGGGGGGGUUGAGGGGGGGGGGUGGGUUGGGGGGUUGGUUUUUAUGGUUUGA